AUGCCUCGUGAAAAGCAGAAGAGAGGUCGCCGAGCGGAACAGAAGGCUCAGAAGGGAGAUACGAAGCGCAAGCAUGAUGAUGUGCCUGAAGAGCCUGUCGCAAAGCGCGUGAAGUCUUCAGACGAAGCCGACGUCGAACCUUUCUACGAAGACCGACAAGGCGACUAUGCCGAUGACGCUGCUAUCCCCGCCAUAGAAAAUGAAGAGAUGCAGGAUGAAUCUGGGAGACCUGAUUCUGGUGACACACCCUUCUACGGUUUGCUGGAUACUGAGGAACAGGAAUACUUCUCCCGUGCAAGCGAGAUGCUUGAAUUGAACCAAUUCAUUGAUGAUGAGGAGAGGAGCUUGUUUGUGGAAAGUGUGUACCGAGAGGCAGAAGGGAAGGAAUUGAAGAUUGCCUGUAGUCAAGGCUGUUCAAGGCUUAUGGAGAAGCUGAUCUCCAUGUCUGACGUUCGACAGAUUCGAAGGAUCUUCAACAAGUUCAUCGGUCAUUUCUUACACCUGGUCCAGCAUCGUUUUGCUAGCCAUUGCUGUGAAACAUUAUUCAUAAAUGCGGCCCCGGCAGUCAUGCAAAAGCCAUCGAAACAGCAGGCAAAGAAGGCGGAAGAGGAGGGCGAGACGGAGCCCGAGCUGUCAUUGGCAGACAUGUUCAUGACAGUUAUUGAGGAGUUGAAGGAUAAUUGGGGAUAUUUGUUGACCGAACGAUUUGCAUCACAUACAAUUCGUGUUUUAUUGCUCGUUCUCGCAGGUGAACCCGUGGACCUUUCGUCGACAGACUCUGCGGUUGCUAGCCGUAAGAAAGAGAGGUUGGGUGCACCUGUACCUGGGACUGAAGCGGAGACUGCUUCAUCGCAGAAGCACAGUGUCCCAGAGUCCUUUGAGCCCGCUCUGAAGAAAAUAAUGAGCGAGAUGGUGUCUGGCGUUGAUGACACGUACCUGCGCGCCCUGGCUUCACACCCUGUGGGGAAUCCCGUUCUCCAAGUUCUCCUGUUCUUGGAGCUCUCCCACUUUGGAAAGUCCAGUGCAAAAGAUCCAAAAUCUGUUCUCCGCAGACUUGUCCCAGACGAAUCUUUUGAAGAAGGUACGGAAAGCGCAACAUUCAUCCGUGGCUUACUCUACGACCCAGUUGGCUCGCGUCUGGUGGAAACCAUGGUGCGAUACAUGCCGGGUAAAGUGUUUAAAAACCUUUACAAAAACAACAUCCGGGAGCGUAUUGGUUCUCUGUCCCGGAACAGUACCGCUGGCUACGUGGUAUUGAAGACUCUUGAGCGACUUGGAAAGGAUGACCUGCAAAAUGCCAUGGAACUCAUCAUCCCCGAGGUUCCAGGCCUUAUUGAAAGAGCACGGCUGAUUGUGCCCCGAGUACUCAUCGAGAGAUGUGUAGUCCGUAAUGUUGACACCAAGCCCCUCGCCAGGGCCCUCAAGAAUGCCUACAGUGGAGAUAAAACGCUCCGACUUCGCCAGAUGCUUCGUCUUGAUGGGCCACCGGAGUCGGUCCAAGGUCCUGUGGACCAUGAAAUGAAAGAUGCUGGCGAGUUCGACGACGACCACGCAGAACAAGCCAGAGCUGCGUCCGCCAAAUCAUCAGCCUCUGCUCCAGAGAGGCUGCAUGGCUCUUUGCUCACACAAGCGAUGUUGGCCGUACCUGGGCCCUUAAGUGAGCUUGUUUACAGCAGCCUUCUUGCCCAGUCACCCGAAACAAUUCUUCAACUCGCACAAGAACCAACCUCCACCCGCGUCGUGCAACAGGCAUUAACAUCUCCCACUUCAACUCCUCAAUUCCGGCGCCAGUUUGUGGCCUUCUUCCAGGGCCAUCUGGUCGACCUUGCUCAAAACAGCAACGGAUCCCGGGUAGUGGACGCCUUGUGGACCGCCACCAAGGAUAUCUUCUUCGUCAAGGAGCGGAUGGCCCAGGAGCUUGCAUCCAAAGAAAUGGUCCUCCGUGACUCCUUCAUUGGCCGGGCCGUAUGGAGAAAUUGGUCAAUGGAUCUCUACAAGCGACGCCGCAGUGAAUGGAAUGCUCGAGCGAAGGGGAUUGAAAGAAACCAGGAAGGUAUGGAAGGCUCUGGAGAGCGGCCGAAGUCGAAGAUCGAGCUGGCAAGAGAAAGAUUUGCUGCCAAACAAAAUGAGACUGAAGGGAAGCAGGCGGUCUCUGCUAAUUCUUGA